AUGACUAUGAUUGUUGAGCACUUGGAAGAAAGUGCUAAACUUCCCGAAAAGUACAGCAGACAACUGAUUCUGUAUAUAAAGGACAUUGCUGUUAUGUACCAAUGCAUAGUGCCAAAGAAAUUUAAGGUUAAUUUAGAAUAUUGCGCUUUGGAUAUUGCAUUAUUCUUCAAUAACUGUUACUAUCUUGCCCAUAGUCUACUUGGACCACCAUGGAGAAUUAUACUGCCUGCCACACUUGCGGAUCUUCUUACAACAGUUAUUAUAGAAUGCAUUCAAGAUCUCAGGGUUAUUGGUCUGGAGAAAAUAUCACUGUAUCUACAAACUCAGAAGAAUGAUAUAACUAAGAAAAUUGAAGACACUGAAUUGCCAUGGACUCACGAAUCUUACCAAAUAUUUGACGCGGCGAUAAACAGCUCGCUGACCCUAAUGAAGGAUUUAAAGUCCAGCUGGCACAAUAUCCUCCCCGUCCGAAUGUACGAGCUCUCAAUAUGCACACUGGCCCAGGCUUUGUGCCAAGCAAUGUUGGACAAAGUAUUCGCGGACAGUAAGCCAAUAAGCGAAGAGUUGGCGUACAUGCUCGCUUUGCGUUUCGACGACACAGUUCUACUGAAGGCGCAACUGCUCGAAAUCACCGACCUGUGGGGUACCGACAAGCUGCUCUCGCAGAGUUAUGUUUGCGAGGAGAUCCGGCAGAUUGUCAAGAUGAGGUUCCCGGAAGAUAAAUAUAGGCUUAAGAUUUUGAAAGAGAUACAG